AUGGUGUUGUCAUCUAGAUUUCUGUCUCCCCGUCUUAGGGCAUCGGCUGUGCAUCGAGUAUUCCGCCCUCGCUGCUGUCUUCCACCUACCCAGUAUUUAUACAGAAGAAAAUAUUCAGCUUCAACACUGUUAGGUCCAGCUCCAACAACUCUCGCAGUCAACAGGCAGCGCCUUUGGGAUACUCUACAUUACACCGCUCAAUGGGGAGAUUCGAAAGAUGGCGGGGUUCGCAGGCUAGCCCUGACUGAAGAAGAUAAAGCCGUGCGUGAGUGGUUCGUGCAGGAAGCCCAAAAGUACGGCGCAACAGUGAAGGUAGAUGAGAUGGGAAAUUUGUUUGCUAUACGUCCCGGCCAGAAUAAUGAUUUGCCGCCGAUUGGCAUUGGAUCGCACUUGGACACACAGCCUGCUGGUGGUCGUUAUGACGGUAUAUUGGGAGUACAAGCAGGUCUUGAAAUUCUGAAGGUUCUCCAUGAGAAUGACUGGACCACCCAUGCACCAAUUGCCAUCAUUAACUGGACCAACGAGGAAGGCGCACGAUUCAAUACCGGUAUGCUAUCGAGUGCAGUAUGGGCUGGAAAGGCGACGCUUGAGUAUGCAUACAAUCAUGUCGACCCCGAGGGCAAGACAUUCAAGGAUGAGCUCAUUAAAAUCGGGUUUCAAGGGCCAGUCAAAGCUAGCUAUCUAGCCAAUCCUCUUUCCGCCCACUUCGAAUACCACAUUGAGCAAGGUCCCGUUCUUGAGGAUGAGAAGAAGGCUAUUGGCGUCGUGACCGGUGUGCAGGGUAUGUUAUGGCUGAUUGUCACAGUCACAGGAAGAUCGCAACAUUGUGGGACAACGCCGAUUGACCGCCGUCGCGACGCUUUGCUUGCCUCUUGCCGCAUGAUUUCUCGGGUGAAUGAUGUCGCCUGGGAAAAUAAAGGUCUUACAACUGUUGGCGUGAUUAAUUCAGAACCGCAAAGUCCUGGCACAAUUCCUGGAAAAGUAACAUUCAGCGUUGACAUCGAACACCUUAGCAACGAGUCCAUGGACAAUAUGGCCGCGAGCGUGCGUUCCCUGUGUCAAGAAGUCGCAGACAAACAUGGCUGCACUGUAGACAUCGAGCAAAUAUGGAGGAGUGAAGCAGUGGAAUUUCACGAGGACUGCAUCAAUGCUGUUCGCUCCGCUGCUAUCGAGUUAGUCGGAGAUGAUCAAUAUCGGGAGCUCCCUGCUGGAGCUGGUCAUGACAGUGUGAACACUAGCUAUCAUUGUCCGACCAGCAUGGUAUUUAUCCCGAGCCAAGGAGGAAUUUCGCAUCAUCCAUCAGAAUAUAGUACUCCGGAGCAGUGUGCCCUGGGAACGCAGGUGUUGUUGAAUGCAGUUUUGCGAUUCGAUGAACAGUUGAAGAAAAAGUCCUAA